AUGUCUCGAGUCUCCCGUUCAGCAAUGUCCGGCAGCAAGGGGGCUGCAUCGAUGAGUUCUUUGUCGGAUGAGGAAUUGCGCGAGCGGCUGCAGACCUAUGGCGUCAAUCCGGGCCCAAUCACAGCCACAACCCGUGCUGUUUAUCAGAGGCAGCUGCAAAAGCUGCAGCUCAGCAACAGUUUAUCGGGUACAGUGAAUAACUUAUCAACCCCGAGCCCAGCGAAACGUUUGUCCGGUCGGAGCCCGGCGAAGCGCUCGUCAAACACAAGUCCUGUGAACCGUUCCACGAGGCUCACAAACCGUUCGCUAGGACCAAUGAGCCCUGCAUCUGAAGAUCUUCCAGAGAUCCGCGAAAAAACACGGAAUUUGCCAGUACCGCAGCGUUACCAGCCGCCGGUAGAGUCACGAUUUAAGUUUGCCGACUACAUACAUUCCCCGACCGCUUCACUUUCCACUGUAACAGGUCGAAAGAAGCAGCCGAAUUUGGCGUUCGCGAAGAGCAGCGAGGAUCUGUCCGGGAGUGAUGAAGACGACGAUGACGAUCACAUGGAAAGCUCACGCAUACUCAGUACUGGCUGUAGUUCAGCAAUGCCGAAGUCAUCCUGGCUGCAGCUUGCCUUCAAUAAUCUUCGCAAGCGCUGGAGUGCAUUCACUCUCUUCCAGAAGCCCACCACAAAGCCGUCCAGCAGUGAGUAUCGCGCAUUUUCGAAAAGAAGCGCCUAUGCAUGGGAGCCGCCACCGCCACCACAAAGCUCCGUCUUUGCUUGCGACAUGUCACGCUUGUUGCUGCUUUCGCUGCUUGCGCUUUUUGUGUGCACGGUGGUUUUUGGCGUUUGCAAGCUGCAUCAGUAUUACUCCAGAAAGAGAGACGAGGAGAAACGAUUAAAAUUUGAUUUGAUCGAGAAAAUCACUGGUUUGUUUCUUCGCAAACAUUCUCCAAUAGGCUGA